GAGAGACUGUAGGCGAUCGUAAAUUCGUAAUUGAGCGGAGAGGAGGCGAGGUGGGGUGGGGUUUUCUCCUUCCUUUUCUCCUAGUUCUUAUACGAAGCUUCUUUCAAUGGCGGUGGCGGUGGUGGCGGAUGCGGCGACCCACGUGGAAGCGACCUGGGUUUGAGGGAUCUCCUCCGGAUUCCAGAGGCGGAGGCAGCUCGGGGAGACGAUUUCGAAGGAGAAUUUUGUAGGAGAAAUCAGGAACAAGAAGGAGGAGCUCCUUUUCUCUCGUUUCCGAAUCCUCUCGCGCCUUUCUCUCCCUUCUUUUCCAUGGAUCGGUUUCCUUCCAUUCAUCCUCUCAUUGAUCUCCGGAAAGGAUUGGGAUAAGUCCUUCCUGGAAAAUCUUUAUCUCACAAAAGGCAUUGUAGGUAGCAACAUUUAUUGUACUUCAAUUAAAGAUGAAUUUGUCCAGCAAAGGUCUUGCAAACAAGGAUGCUAAGUUAAAUUCAUUGAAUAAACUUACCACGUUAAAUCCCAAUGCAGCUGAAUUUGUUCCUUCAGCCCUUAGAAAUACAUAUGGAAACACUGAAAGAGCAUAUGGAACCAGGCUGGAUGUUCCAGGUUCUUCGAAAAAAGCAGUCUUAGAUCGGUCAGAAUCUAGUAUUUCAAAUAAUUCAGAUGAUGAAGCACAUCAGUACUGGUGCUGUCAGCUUCCUGAUGAUAUUACUCCUGACUUCGGAGUCAUAGGAGAAGAAGAGUCGCAUGGAGCUGGGCGUCUCUCACUUGCAGGUUUAUCAAUACAGGAUAGUGUUGAGACAUCAAGAUUCUCAACAUCCUCUGCCAGCCAGACAUUGGGUAUGCGGCAAAAUUUAUCUUCUUUUACCAGCGAUGGUCUCAACUUGGGUGAGAAAAUGGGAUAUUCUGGCUCUAUCUAUACUGAUGAGCAUUCAUCUGCUGCUUUCAUGACAUCGGCUUCUAGUCCCUGGGGCAAACCAUUCAUAAAUGCUGAACAACAUCAGACCAAUGGAAGGGAUGGACAUCAUUACAAUGGAAAUUCUAGUGCAGUUUCAGUAAAUGAUUUAAUAGGUGAUAAUGCGGUCAUCAAGGAUGCUGCCAUCAAUCCCAUAGAGUUUCUGUCAUCACAGUUUCCUGGUUUUGCUGCUCAGAGCCUUGCAAAUGUUUAUUACGGAAAUGGAUGUGAUUUGAACUUGACAAUAGAGAUUCUUACUCAACUUGAGCUUCAGGCAGAUGGUGGUUUUAAUCAGAACCUUAAUUCAAACUCAUUGGCAACUCCAAGUCUUAGCAUGCUGGAUUUUCCUGGUCUGCCAGUGGCGGAUGCUCAAAGUGGGCUGUUAAAGUAUCCUGGAGAAGACAAGCAGCAGGCUCCCAAUACAUAUAGCUCCACUUCUAGUAUCUUUAGAGGCGGUAGAGAUUUUGCUUCAACUGUUAGAAAGCUUGCAACCCAGAGAACUGGUCAUUGGGGAUAUGAGAGGAAUAGUUCUGUGGAUGAUGGUCUUCACUCAAGUAGAAGCUCCCAACUUUUAGCUAGCUCAUAUGGUCACCGCAAAAUGGCUUAUGGUGAUAAAUUGCAAAGUUCAGGUGCAACUCGGGCAGCUCCAGUUUGGCUUGAGACUGGAGAAGCAGUGGCAAGUAUGUAUCUGGAGUCAAGGGAGGAUGCCCGUGAUUUUGCACGCCUUCGGAAUACAUGCUUUGAACAGGCAAGACAAGCCUAUCUACUUGGCAACAAGGCUCUAGCAAAGGAACUGAGUCUGAAGGGGCAGGUGUACAAUAUGCAGAUGAAAGCAGCUCAUGAAAAAGCUAAAGAAACAAUUUACCAAAAGAGGAAUCCACUCUCACCUGCGCCUCAGGGCUCCAGCGGGGGACAGGACCAUCUGAUCGACCUGCAUGGACUUCAUGUGGCCGAAGCUAUACAUGUUCUGAAUCGCGAGUUUAGCAUUCUGAGGAGCAGGGCAAGGUCCACGGGGCAGCGACUGCAGGUCAUGAUAUGCGUCGGCACCGGUCACCACACCAAGGGAACCCGAACUCCUGCAAGGCUCCCUGCGGCGGUCGAGCAGUACUUGGUGGAGGAGGGUCUUCCAUGCACACAGCUUCAGCCAGGUCUGCUCCGUGUUGUGAUAUAUUGACAACCUGUAAGCUAUACCACAUGGAGGGAAAAAAAAAAAAAGAGAAAAUAAAUAAAAGGAAAAAUCGCAUACCUAAAUUCUUGUAUGUGUAUAUUAUGGGAGGAAGAGAGAGAGAGAGAGAGAGAGAGAGAGAGAGAGAGAGAGAGAGAGAGAGAGAGAAUAGUCUCUGGCAGCAGUAAUUGUAAUAUUAUUAGUACUGAUGGCGUUCUUGUCACUUUUUGUAAGGUCUCCGGCGCGGAAAUUCCGCAGGCCAUCCUUUUGUGGCGGCAAUACUUCUUGCUUCACAUGGUUCUCUUUGAUUUC